CAAUAAAGGCUAUAAUCGCCGGUUUAACCAAUGAAUCCAUAUAUCGAUUGAAGCAAUCGGUUUGGACUAAAAUAAGUCGCGCCUCAAUGUCCACAUUCAAGUGGUUGUCCACUAUUGUCGACGACGUUAACAAUCAGACACUACUAAGACAUACGCAACUCAUCAUUGAAGGCACGUCUAAAGUCAGCUUAGAGGACGAGUCGUUCGGAACGAUACCAUAUUUGGGUACUUUUCUAACUGAUAUAACAAUGAUUAACACACGGUAUCCGAGUUAUACCCAGUCACAAACAGACGUAAAGCUAAUGAAUUUCGAGAAGUGUUGCCAACAAUACGAGAUCUUAAUGCAGAUCCAAUUGCUGCAGAAGAGUGUGUUCGCGGCGCUCACCGCUAUUCAACAGCAAACACAACAAUUGGGCAGAAGUUAUCUGCCGUUGAAGAACACACCGUUCACUCCAACCAUUCCACGGGUGGCCAGAAUUUUUAGGAUCUGGUUUCAGGCCAAUGAUAUCGAAUUAAUCACCGAUAAGCACUGGUAUGUUGUCAUGUAUUAUGCAAUUAGACUACUGUCUCAGUUCACACCAUAA